AUGAGGGCGAUUCUCGAGUCACUCACCACAGAGAGCUGGGAAGAGGAGGAGCUGAAUGUUGUGCCCACUUGUUUCCUAGAGGCUUUGUCCUGCAGCCCAUUGACCAGGCACCCAUCUGGCUGGCUGCUCGUUGCCCCCCUCGGCUCCUCCUGGCCCACCCCGCCUCCAGCUGUCACGCCCUCCCUCUCCGCAGCCGUGCUCCUGGGGGGGGCCUUGGCCACGCUCCCCGACCGCAGCGUCUCCCCGGCAGCCGGAGCCCUCUGCGUCCAGGAGCUGAAGCGAGAGCAUUUCCAGCGGGCCUUCCCCUCUGUCCGCAAGAACUCCAGCGAAAUCCUGCCCGAGCCCCCCAUCACCUUCCGCGCCCAGCUGCUGGGGCUCCCCGACCUGCCCAGGUGGCCGCGCUACACCCAACGCAGCCCCUACCAGCCCCUGGGGAUCCCAAGUUCUUUCCUCUCCACGUGGCAGGUGACAGCGUAUAACAGACACACCUACGAGACCGUGCGGCAAAGGGUCAUUUUCACCAUUGUCCUCUCCCCAGACGCCCAGAUGCCGUUCCAGGCCGAGUUCUUCGUCAGGAACCGGGACGUGGAGGAAGUGCUGCCGCCGGACGCGCAGAAGCAGUUCCAGCAAGCCCUGGACACCAUGCUGGAGCAGAAGGACUGGAGUAUCGUCAACAUCACGUCGGCCCUGGACCGAGGGGGCCGGGUCCCCCUGCCCAUCGAGGGCAGGAAGGAGGGGGUUUACAUCAAGGUGGGCUCCCGCCGGCCCUUCUCCGACUGCUUGGUGAAGGCCACCUCCUCCGACAACCAGUUCCGGUGCAGCCUGGAGCAGCAGCCGGUCAUUCCCUGCUACGACAGCUUCAGUCCUCAGUUCCAAAUCGACUGGUGCAACGUUACCCUGACCGAUCUCUCCGGGCUCAGCACCGCCGAGGGGACUCCCGUCUGGGGCGACGGGGUGCUGGAGGACGCCAGCGAAUACAACCCCCCCACCGACUCCCCCGAGAAGGCGUUCUUGGCUGACUAUCUGCUGACCAUCUUGCUGCCGCUGCUGGUGGCCCUCCUGCUCUGCCUGCUCCUGGCCUACGUCAUGUACGGCAGGAGGGAGGGCCUGCACAAAAGGGACAUGAAGACCUCUGAUAUCCAGAUGGUGCAUCACAACACGAUCCACAGUAACACAGAGGAGCUGAGGCACAUGGCCAGCAGCCGGGACGUGCCCCGCCCCCUCUCCACCCUGCCCAUGUUCAACGUGCGCACGGGCGAGAGGGUCUCCCCACUGCCGGGCCGGCACGACAGCGCCCACGUCCCGCUCAUCCUCGCCCAGCAGUAACGACCGGCGUGGGGCGUCCAGGGGAGUCACUGCAAACAGCCAAGGAGUCUUCUGUUGGUCGGGAGACCCGACACUUGGUUUUCCCCUCUGUGAAACAGAGAGACAGGCUGGACAGAGAGCUG